AUGAGUGGAAAUUUCCAUUCAAGUCAAAAAAAUGAUGCUCCUUCUGAAGAAAAUUCUGUUGGAAACGAUUUUUGGAUUGGUGUUGCUCCUUUGUUGGAUAUGGCUGGAACAGCAAGAAUUUUAGGUGUUUUUAUUUAUUUAAAUUUAUUUAGAAUGUCUGAGAGAGAGAGAAAUUUUUAUUUAAUUUACUAA